AUGGAUACCAAUAAGCUUCAGUCUCGCUUCUCUCUAGUCAGACAAUCCUUUCCGGCACCGGACCGUGAGGAUUCCGGCGCCGUCGACGUGCCAGAAUCGGUAGCGUUGAAUCCGACAGUUCGAUUGAUGUAUUUGGCGAACGAAGGUGACUUUGAAGCAAUCAACGAGCUUUUAGACGACGGCUAUGACGUCAAUUUCAGAGACAUUGACGGCCGCACCGCUUUCCAUAUUGCCGCAUGUCAAGGCCGAACCGAGGUCGUUCAGUUGUUGAUUCAAAGAGGUGCUGAAGUUGAUCCGCAAGAUCGUUGGUGCAGCACUCCUCUUGCUGAUGCGUUGUACUACAAAAAAUCAUGA